AUGGGACUGCUCAUCAAAGGCCAGAUUCUUGCGCUGCUCGCGGGUCUUGGGCUUGAUGCCCUUCUUCGCAGCAAAGCGCUCCCAUUUGGUGGGUUCUUUGGCCUGGGGGACGGGCUUCUCUCGCGGCAGGUGUGUGCUGGGUGGCGGAAGCGAGAGGAGGACGCCUUCCUUGGUGGAGCUGAGGGGGCAGGUCGAGAGCAGCUGGUUGAUCAGGGCCUGAGCUCCGUCGCGCGCGACCUCGGCGAGAGACUGCUCGAUGGAGGAGUGGUCGAGGACGAUUGGGUUGGGGUCCUCUGCCAUGAGAAGGCCCAGGUCGAAGGUGUAUGGCGUGGGCUUGUCGACGGCCACGACGAGCUUGGUCUUUCCUUCCAUUUUAGCGAUCGAAACCGAAAAUAA